AAGAUUCAAUGCACCCACCGUUAAUGAUGUUGCUGCAAUUAUUGUUGGCGAUCCAACUAAAUCACGAGACAUUGUCGUUCAGCGAAGAAGCAAUAUCAUGCAUCGUGUAAACGAGACACAUCGUUUGUACGAUGCGUUACAAUAUCCAAUCAUUUAUUGGCAAGGGCAAGACGGAUACGACAUCACGUUGAAGAUGGUCGAUCCAAUUACAGGAGUAUCAACGAAUAAUAAAAAUCUAAGCGCAAUGAAUUACUAUGCGUAUCGUAUGAUGAUUCGUACACAUGAGGAGAAUGUCAUUCUGAAGUGCGGUCGGCUAUUCCAGCAAUUCGCUGUCGACAUGUAUGUCAAAGUCGAGACCGAACGUUUAGCGUUCAUCAGAUUCAAUCAGCCAAAGCUACGAUCUGAGGACUAUAUACACUUGCGUGAUGCUAUUCAUUCAGAUAGUGAUGUUCAGAAUAUUGGACGACUGACGAUUCUCCCAUCAACUUAUAUCGGAAGCCCACGCCACAUGCACGAAUACGCUCAAGACGCUAUGACGUACGUGCGAAAUUAUGGAACUCCGGAUUUAUUUAUUACGGUCACAUGCAAUCCGAAGUGGACGGAAAUUGAACGCGAGUUGGAACCGGGUCAAAAACCGCAAGAUCGCCAUGACAUAAUCGCCAGAGUAUUUCAGCAAAAACUCAAGGUUAUGAUGGAUGUGCUUACUAAGUAUCGAGUUUUUGGUGACACACGUUGUUAUAUGUACUCGGUGGAAUGGCAGAAGCGUGGACUACCGCAUGCUCAUAUCCUAAUUUGGUUGCUGAACAAAUUACAUUCAAAUGAAGUGGAUGACAUCAUAUCAGCUGAAAUUCCUGAUCCAGUCACUGAUCCCCGUCUACACGACAUUGUGACGACACAGAUGGUGCAUGGACCGUGCGGUGCAUUAAAUCCAUUAUCGCCUUGCAUGGCUGAUGGAAAGUGCACAAAACGAUAUCCGCGACCGUUAGUUGCUGAAACAGUCACAGGGAACGAUGGUUAUCCAGUUUAUCGUCGGCGUUCAAAAGAAGAUAACGGUCGAACUAUCAAAGUUAAAGGUCAAAAUCAAGAGAUUGAGAUCGGAAAUGAAUUCAUUGUACCAUAUUGCCCGCUGCUAUCACUAAUUUUCGAAACACAUGCAAACGUUGAGAGUUGUCAUUCGGCCAAAUCAAUCAAAUAUUUGUGCAAGUACGUCACAAAAGGCAGCGACAUGGCUGUGUUUGGUAUUGCGUCGGAAAAUGUGAAUGACGAAAUCAGCAACUUCCAAAUGGGCAGAUACGUCAGUACUAAUGAAGCACUGUGGCGAUUAUUGUCAUUUCAAAUUCAUGAAAGAUAUCCCACAGUUGUACAUUUAGCAGUGCAUUUGGAAAAUGGCCAAAGAGUUUACUUCACUGAGGCUAAUGCGGCACAACGAGCUGAGAGAACACCAUCGACAACAUUGACUAGCUUCUUUGCAAUGUGUGAAGCAGAUCCAUUCGCAGCGACGCUGAUGUACGUUGAAAUGCCCAAGUAUUACACUUGGAAUCAAUCAACAAAGAAAUUCCAACGUCGCAAACAAGGAACCCCAGUUCCAGACUGGCCACAGGUGUUUUCAACUGAUGCACUAGGUCGUAUGUACACUGUUCAUCCUAGAAACGAUGAAUGUUUUUAUUUGCGACUGCUGUUAGUAAAUGUACGUGGACCGAAAUCAUUUGCGCAUUUGAAAACUGUGAAUGGCCACCAAUGCCAAACAUAUCGAGAAGCAUGUCAACUAUUGGGUUUGCUGGAGAACGAUUCUCAUUGGGAUUUAACACUUGCAGAUUCAGUUGUUUCAUCAAAUGCGUACCAAAUACGAACGCUGUUCGCAAUUAUCAUCACCACAUGUUUUCCUUCACAACCAAUUCAGUUAUGGAACAAAUACAAAGACGCCAUAUGUGAAGAUAUCUUGCAUCGCUUGCGUAUUCAAACGAAUAAUCCUGACAUCCAAAUAACCGAUGAAAUCUACAAUGAAGGAUUGAUUCUGAUUGAGGAUCAAUGCUUGACUAUUGCAAACAAGCUACUGAUUGAAGUAGGAAUGAUUGCGCCAAAUCGAUCGAUGCACGAUGCAUUCAACCAAGAAUUAAAUCGAGAGCUGCAAUACAAUGUUGAUACAUUGCAGGAAUUCGUUAGAAAUAAUGUUCCGUUGCUGAAUGAACAGCAAAAACAAGUAUACAAAACAUUAAUGCAAGCGGUGGACAAUAAUACUGGUGGUCUAUUCUUCCUGGAUGCACCUGGAGGAACAGGGAAAACAUUUGUCAUUUCAUUGAUUUUGGCCACUAAUCGAUCAAGAUGUGACAUAGCUUUGGCGUUAGCAUCAUCUGGAAUUGCGGCGACUCUUCUAGAUGGCGGUCGUACUGCACAUUCUGCGCUUAAGUUGCCACUCAAUUUAAACACAAUUGAUACUCCAACGUGCAAUAUUUCCCGAUCCAGUGCAAUGGGAAAAUUGUUAAUGCAAUGCAAGCUCAUUGUUUGGGAUGAGUGCACAAUGGCACAUAAGAAAUCACUUGAAGCACUUAACUUCACACUGAAGGAUCUUCGGAGAAAUAACAACAUCUUUGGCGGCUUGAUGAUAUUGUUGGCAGGCGAUUUCAGGCAGACGUUGCCAGUAGUUCCCCGUGGAACGCCUGCAGAUGAAUUGAAUGCUUGCCUAAGGCAUCACCUUUAUGGAAUAACGUAA